CCUUAUCGGGGAUAGGCACAAGCAAACACUGAAUCGAAAAUCAGGAUUUGUUACGAAUUGGACUCCAUGAUUCCUUCUAGUUCUCGGAUGACGAAGAAAAGGGACCGAGCGAGUAUUGAUAUGGCGGUGCUCGAUAUUUGCCGCCGUGAGGUCGGCCAUCUUUCAACCCGAAAAUUCGCCAACAGACUUGCCGCUUCCGAGGAUCUAGUCCUAAGACUUGAUCUUUUGAGGAAGCUGGAAAAACACCGAGGUUGUGUGAACACUGUGAGCUUCAAUGCAGAUGGAGAUAUUCUCGUGUCAGGCUCAGAUGAUAGGAGAGUUAUACUUUGGGAUUGGGAAACUGGGAAUGUUAGGCUCUCUUUCCAUUCAGGCCAUAAUAACAAUAUCUUUCAAGCAAAGAUCAUGCCAGGCACUGAUGAUCGAAGCAUUGUAACUUGUGCUGCUGAUGGCCAGGUGAGGCAUGCUAUGAUCUCAGAACGUGGAGAAGUGGAGCCAAAGUUGCUUGGAAAACAUCAAGGAAGAGCUCAUAAGCUAGCCAAUGAACCUGGGAGCCCACACAUCUUUUAUACGUGUGGUGAGGACGGACUUGUCCAACAUUUUGAUCUAAGGACAGGAGUGGCCACAGAACUUUUUAGUUGCCAACCCAUGCCUGAUAGAAGUUUUGUAGGAGUUGUUAAUCUAAAUUCCAUAGCUAUAGAUCCAAGGAACCCUAAUCUGUUUGUGAUCGCUGGUUCAGAUGAAUUUACUAGACUAUAUGAUAUCCGUCGAUAUAGGUGGGAUGGUUCGUCUGCUUUUGGUAAAUCAGCUGACUAUUUUUGUCCCAGACAUUUAAUUGGUGAUGAGAAUUUGGGGAUAACAGGAUUGGCGUUUUCGGAUCAGAGUGAACUUCUUGUAUCCUACUGUGAUGAUUUCAUCUAUCUCUUCUCAAAGGAUAUGGGUUUGGGGAAUGAUGCAAAUGCAAUUUUAGAUAAGCACGCUGCUGGUUCUGAUUCAGAGAUAGAAACUGAUGGCAAAGGCAGUCCCCAACUCUACAAGGGGCACAGAAACUGUAUGACAGUGAAGGGUGUUAAUUUCUUUGGACCAAAAUGUGAGUAUGUUGUGAGUGGGUCAGAUUGCGGCCGGAUGUUCAUUUGGAGGAAAAGUGAUACGAAGCUUGUACGUGUUCUGGAAGCAGACAAGCAGGUGGUGAACUGUAUCGAAGCCCACCCACAUACAACUAUGCUUGCCAGCAGUGGGAUGGAACGUGACAUAAAGAUCUGGACUCCCAGUGCAAUUGAAAAGGCAACUCACCCCACAAACGUCGAGAAGGUUUUCGAGUCCCGUCGAUUCCGUUUCUUUCCAUUUCCCGAUUCUGAUGAUGGUUCAGAUGAUGAGUAUUACUCUAACGACGAUGAUGAGGAUGAUUAUGAGGAGGAUGAUGAUGAUAGUUCCAGCAAUUAUAGUGAUACUGAGGAUGAGGAUGAAGAUGAGGAUGAUGACUUCGAUGAUGAGGAUGAGGAUGAUGAGGAUGAUGAU